GAACGGUCGUUCGUCCUCGAUCCUCGUAUUUUCACGCGAGGAUACUUCGAUCGGUCGCGCAGAAGAGUGCAUCGCACUGUUCUCCACGAGUGGAGUGAGGAGAGAAAAAAUUGGCUGGGUAUCCAUUGUUACGCGAAGUCAGCCCGUCGUUUCGUGGGUCGAUGUCUCUUCGAUCCAUCCAAUUAAACGUCCGACGACGGGAGAAAGAAGAAAGUCACGGGGUAGGAUGGGAAAAGUGGAACCGGGCUGACAGUAACGUUUGCAGCUGGUGAAUUCUGUAAAGGUUUCGAUAAAAACACCAUCGGUUUGAGCUUUAAAACUUGAAAUGGUAGCCUUUCAGAUUCUCAUUAAAAAUAUAUAAUUAUCAAUUACAUCCCACGCAGAUCUAUUAUUCAGAUCUACCUUCGUUUAUGUUUCCAAAUAUUUGAAAGAAAUGAUAAAGUGGUAGAUACGAGAUGGUUUAGAGCAAUUUCAUAGAAAACAAGGAAUUCCAACGAAUAGCUAGACGGAAGAAUUUAUCACCCCGAGAUGUCCUCGCUGUUUGAUCUCUGUCGUCCGACCGUUUGGUCCUUUCCUCAUCGGGUUCUGCGCGCGCGCGCGUGUUCGUUCGUCCAGAAUUCUCCGGGUAGGAGCAAAAACCGCGACUCCUGCCGGCACUCGGAGUCGCGAUCCUGAAAUAACGCUGUGGUUAUCUGGAAAGCCGCACUCCGCAUCCUGUUGGCCAUCGGGCGAGGUGACUCGCCGUUGCCGGUGGAUACUCCCUUUAAAAAGUAUCGCUCGACCGGUUGACACGUGUUAUUUCAGCGGCUGAGUUAUAAAGUGUCGCGUUCCCUGCCUCGUACCUGGCACGCCUUGGAUAGAUCAAUUUGCUCCGUGCCAUUGAUACAGGCAAUUGGAUUUUUCUUAGAUAUAAUUGAACGGACGACAGAUGGUCGUGGAACAUAGCGCACAACAGGUUGCCCGAUCAGGCGUCGUCUAAUCAAUUAUAUUUCGCGUAAAACAAGAGAUGAAGAAAGUAGAAGGAACGUUAAGAGGGCGAAGUUGGAACAAGGAUGAGCAUCGGGGCGAGCAAUGUGAUUUCAACUUCCGUUCCCGUUCGAUCCGGCCUCGUUCACGUUGAAAGCUGAGCUUCGCCGCUGAAAGAUCGUCCGCGAUCUCGAUCAGAGAGUUUACAGAGUCCGGACAAACGCGGCCUGCGUGCAACGAGGUUUCGUGGGGUCCAGAUAGACCUUGAACGGGCUUACCGGCCCAUCCGUCACCCGCUGACACCGGACCCGAUCCGUUUUUGUCUCGCUCACCGGCCCCUCUGGCCGACUUCUGAUUCGCCGAUCCGCGCAGGCUGCCAACGAAACCGACAGAAAAAAUUCUUAACCCGCCUCUACCCGUUCGAUUCUGUUGCUAAAACGCGUCCACGUCGCCUCGAAUGUUCCUCGUGGAAAUCGGCUUUAGGAAAUCGGCCGUUUCCAGAUUAAUCAGCCGGUCGAAGAUCGAUUUUGUGGUACGAUAAACGUAGAUAGAAUCGCGAGAGUUCUGGUCGAACCAGUUUUAAUCUAGAUUAAUUGUCAAUUAUGUUAGCGAUUGUAUUUGUCAAAUAUACAGCACCGGUAAUUAACACGUUCAAUGCUGUAAGCGUUGGUAAGGCGAUCGGUACCACGAGAGUAAUGGUAAUCGAAAUGAAAGGGGAAUGAGAAUUUUUAGGUAGUAAACGAAAUUUUUCGACGAAGAACGAUCGAGCUUUAAUUUCGCAUUGGCCGACGCAAAGUGGUCGCGGGAUGGUUAACGCGAAGGGGGUAAAAGUUGUUCGACGAUAAUGGAGGAGCCGCGGCGACGAAAAAGGACCCCGCUAGCCGGUGCAAAUGGGACGUCCCUGUUCCCCGACUUAUCGGCUGAUAACCGUCGCGACAAAAACGCGACAGAGAUAGGAGGCGAAUGCUCGCUAAUCCAGUUUUCUGCGAUCCCUCCCCCUCUUGAUUGCACGACGGCCUUGCAUUCGAUGCAUCGGGUAUCGACCAUCUCAAAAGCCUGGCCUAAUUAAAAUACUUCGUCGCCGCGUUGCAGAGCCUCGCGUAAUCCCUUUAUAUCCGAAACUUCCUCUAACGCAACCCUUUCGAUUUCGUUAUUUCGAUUAUGACCUCAGCUGACAGACUUUAAUCCCCGAUCGCGAAACGAUUCUUAUGGAGAGAGAAUUAGCUGGACAAAGGAAGGGUUUGAAAUAGAAAAUGCUUUUCUUUUCAGCGGUUUCGUUCUUUCCGAGACGAACGAUCAAUAAUGGUAAUCGUUCACGGUUCGCGGGCAGAUGCUCCUCGUAGCAAUAAACGAACGAAUAAUUGCAAUUAUCCGGUGCGCUCAAUUAUCGAGUGCAAUUAAAAUAUUCGAUGAACAAUCCGAUGCUGUGUAUUUUUCUCUCUGUUUUUUUCUCGCAAUUGGAAUGUAUAAUUGAUAGAUUCCUCUAGGGAGGAGUACGAGUUCUUCGACCGUUGAACGGUCUCGGUCAAUUUUAAUCCAGAUCCAUCGGUGUCUAUGAAACGCGAUUUUACAUCGACGAUUAAACUAAUCGUUUCACGCCUAUUCGAGUGAUACAACAGGCUGCCGUUGUCAGCUGUAACGUCUAAUCAGAAGCGUGACUAAUUAACGUGCUUGUACUUAUCGACAGGUUUGCCACCUUGAUUAUCCUUCUGGUCGCUAACGAGGUUGAUAAUCAAGGAAUUCUCGCCACGCUCAAUGGAAAUCGAAAGUUCUUCACGAAUACGAUUUUACGACACGAUAAUCGUCGAUUACGCGUUCGUUUCGCCUCGGCGUUACCUCACGCGACUAAUUAUCCGGCGAUUAAGUCAGCCGAUCUCGAUUAUGCUCGAUAUUAAGUGUUGUUUGAUCAAGCACCAGCAAUUUUACCGAGAAAUUUCCCGUCGAGAUUCAAUUAUGUCGAUAACGCUUUACUAAUUGGAACGUACGCUAAAUUGUUCUACAUUCUCGCCUGUGUAUUGCAAUCGCCGUUUAAAAAUUUCUCUUUUUUUUUUUCCAGUAAUUAACUCAUUUUACUUUGACAAAGAAUUCUUAAUAUAGCAAAGAGUUGAAAGGACGAUAUUUAUAACGAUUCGAUAAAUCAAGAUGUGCACGAUUUAAAAAAGUACACCAUGGACCGUUGAAGCUUUCUGGGUUAAUAAUCGUGGGUGAUUGGUCGAUGUCGAAUCGUUUUCAGAACAAAACUUGAGCAUUUCUCUUUCUCUCUCUUUCUCCAUUAUAGGCUCGUGUUAAUAAAAUACAGACAUCGAACGAACCAUGCGGCACGAUUUAACCUUCGAUUAAGGGAGUCAAGUCUUACGGUCGUGACUUACCAUAAUGAGUUGAGCACACACGUACACGUACCGUGUAUAUCAAACUUAAAGCUAAGAGAGAUAAUUCCUACUGUUGCAUCAGACUCGAUGUGGUUCUUUAUUUUUUCACAAGCUAGAAUAAUAAUUUACCCUGUACAUCGAUGAGUACCGUAUCAUCAUUAAUUUCACACUGAUGAUUGGAUAUUUUAUAAAAUAAUUUAGGGAAUUAUAAUUGCCACGAAAUGAUCAAUUUUCAAAUUAGAAUUAGUGAACUAGAUGAAAAAUAAGCUAAGGGACACUAACAUAAAAAAUUCCAAAUUCCAAAUUUCUACUAAAAAUUGAAGAAAAUUUUUUAAAGGGAUCAUCAAUACCGUUUGAAAAAUAUCCAAAGUAUCGAUAAUUCACCUACAGAGUCGGAUAAGGCCCUUUCUAGUAGGCAGCAAACUUUUCUCAAAGAUCGGUAAACUACCUGAAGAACGCAAUCUACAAAUUUCCUCGCCAGAUCGUGCUGCAGGUACAACGGGCCCAUUUAUCCUUCGCUCGUUUCCUGCUUUAUCGACGCGAAGUUAGUAGAAAGAUGCCUUAGAAAUGGGCCCUCGGGCCCAAGGUACCCCCACUGCUUGGAAUCGAGAGGCGAUCGCUUCGAAACCGGUUCUGUACGGGGCGUGCACGGCUGAUCUCUUGGUGGAGAUUUGAAUUUCACCGCAAAGAGCGGAUCCUCUUCCUUCUUUUCACCGCGUUCACCUUUCUCCAUACGAUCAAGGAGAAGAGUCCGGGCCUAAAAUCAACGACGAGGGGUAGCCGAUUGGUUCCCUCUUCAUCUUCGUGUGUUUUCGUUUACCCGAACGAUUACACGCUACUCGAACUCGAGGACUUUUUAAUGAACCCACCUUUGUAAAGACUUUAUCUUACGAAAAGAUAUUUCUUCUUCUGUUCCUCGAUGAGUCCAGGUGAUUAAACGAACGUUUGGUAAAUCAUUUUAGAAAUUAUUUUUGUCAUUGAUAUCAAGGGCUUGAAACUUUAUUAAUUUAAUUUCGAAAUCCAUGAUUCUUUGCCUAUGCGAAUUAGUUAUCUCGAGAAGGCAGCAAACACGUAGAAAAGGUACUCGUCGCUACUUCUAGCUGCCGUCUUGUCCCCUCUUUCGCUUCCAACACAGCUCCCUUCCCUCUGCUGAACAACCACUCGAUGUCCCACUCUGUGGGCCUCCUACGACCCUCCGCUAGGCUUCGUGGGGAAGCCGCUGAGAAGAAGAGGAGAGGUAGGUCUCACCAGGGGCCGACGACCACUACCGGACCCAACUCUACUCCCCUUUCUUCUCCUCUACCUGGCCACUCUCUUCGACCACGAUUAUGCGGAGAUUAAACUCGCCUCGUUGCUGUGCCACGAACAGAUUCGCCACGGAAUUACGCGUCGAGGGUGUGCGUGGCAGUCGCGGUACCUUUUCGGGCUGUUUAAAUAGAUUUUUUUAUUAAAUAUUAUGAUUUUUUGAUGGAGAAAUGCUUAAAAUUGAGUCGCCACUUCACCACUAUCAAAUUAACCAAAAGGUUAAUACAACCGUGGCGAAUGAAGAGGAAAGAUGAUUCCGAAGGAGGAUGAUAGUGAUUAAAAUGUCGAGUUGGCUCGAUAGCCGAACAUUCUCCGAGACUAAGUAGGUUCUUGUUCAAGGAUCAGCCGCAAGGAGAUUAUUCGAAGGGCCACACGGCUGAUUAACGAGCGCAUGCUCGGAAAGUGUGAGAGCCCGAAUUUCGAGGACACGUUGGCCCUCCCAGCUUGCCCAUCGCAGCACCUGUCGCGCAUCAGAUUUUAACAACACACUCGGCUAUUUUGCAUGAAACUGACCAAAAUUCUCUCUAGAACAGAUUCUUCAGAAAUUUCAGAUCAAAUAGGAAAAUUGAAUUUUGCAAUUUGAAUAUUUAUGCUGUUUUAAAUUUGAAGAAAUUUUCUAAUUUCCAAAAAGUCUCCUAACGAAUGUUUCAAAGGAAGAGUUUCAAGCAUGUUGCACUGUUUACGACAUAGGGUAGGCCAGAACCACGGCCAUGUUGGAUUCCUCUCGGCGCUGUAGAUGAAAAUUAUAAGGCGGAACACGCUUCGGGACGUCCGUUCUGGAUCCUCUGAUCAGGCUCUCUGUUCCCUCUUCUCUCAUCUUUGUCCUCGCCCCUCUUAUCGGUUCUUCUUAACCAAAGUCAGUGCUGGCUGUUGUGAUCGAGUUUGGCCCCUUCGUCGAAACGAGAGCAGCUUCCAUUCUCUUCGUACCAGAUUAACCCUUUUACUUUUAAGAGCGACGAUAGCCGUUCAUCGUUAAACGACCACGAAGAGUGACUCUCUUUUUUCCUCUCAUCUUUAUCUACGAAAUACAGCCAGGUACUUUGCCGAGAGGCACGUAAACGUUCGACGUUAUUGUUCGAAAUUGUUCGAGCAAGUUCAUUUGGCAAGAUAUCCGGAUACGUUGAAAGAGCUACCGGUGAAAUACGGGUUUGAGGUUAGCUCAGGGUAGUUUUGGGGGGGGGGCGUGUAUCGCGCGACUUCACGCUGACUUAGCGGCUCUCGAAGCUCCAAGGGACGCAAAGUUAAAGGGUAUUUACAUGUAGUUGUUGCUCGAGUGCUUCUCGUCGACGUUGCAAGAGAACGUUUAAACGUUUCAGGGUAAUGGAACGAGCAAGAUUCUACGCUAUUUUCAGCUUAAUCGCUCCGUUUUAUAACUGUACCCUCCUUUUUCAAAUUAACGAUUCAAUUAGACAAGUUUUAGAAGAGACGUAUACAUCGCCGUGAAAGGUACCAUUUUCAAGACCCAAUUACCAUCGCCGAUAGACAGGCAAGUAAUGAAACUAUUCGAAAAAUAGAAUACUUAAAUGUUUUACACGAAUGCUGUAAACUAAGCAAUAAUGCCUUCCACUCGUCCAUUAACCAAACCGCACUCGAGCGUUCUCGAGGCGGGCAUAAAUCACGUGUAAAAGGAUCUUACCGGUAGACACAGGUAACAAGCAAUUAACAAUGAGUCGUUGUUCGAGGUAUCUAGCAAUUAUAUUCAGCGAAUCGAUAAGUAUGUCAUUGAAAAUGCGUCCUGUCCUCGAUACACUAUACAAUUAAGAAGAACAUUACGCAAAGUUCGUUGUGAAAACGUCGACAGUUAAUGGGUCUGCCCAUAGAGCAAUUAACGGUACGAAACGAGGGAAGCUUAGCUUUUUUAUUUCCCUCCUGGUUAACGAGAGCGUUCUAUAUUGACUCGGAGCUCUUAUAUCGGUUAAUUGGUUGAAAUCAAUUUAGAGACAUUGAUGAAUUUUUGUCCCUUCACGGUUGUUGUCCCGUUUCACCGGUAUAGAAACUAGGUAUACGUCAAACGUCGGCUGUUAAAGUUGAGUGAAAUUCAUGAAGAGAACGACGGGUUAAAAGUUUCGAUAGGGAGAGACAAAUGUCCAUCCGGUGCGAGCAAUUCAAAUCGGAUCACGAAAGGUUGAAUGAUGAAUUUCGAAGAGACAGGUUGCCCGUACCAGAUGUUUUUUCCUAUUGAACACGUGGUUCUGUCAAAAAAUCCUGAAAACUUUCGUAGGAACGUUUAAAUUGAUAUCAAAGUUUCAGUUGAAAAUCAUCGUUGCACCAAAUAAUUCAUUUCCGACACUUUAGUCCAUUCGUGUGGCCGCUAAAAAAUUCAAAGACUUUUCAUAUCCACGUACCGCCGUGUUUUCCGGUAUUUGUAAACAACGGUUCAUCGAACGAGGCAUAACGAAGGAACCUGGAACACCGUCGUCGUCGAGGCGGAAUCGAGUUUCUCUCGCGUAGUCGAGAGGAAGAAGAGGAAUAAGGAGGAGGUCGAGGGAGAUGGCUAAGGUUAGUCCUAGGGCCUCAGCCAUUUUUCCAUCUCAGCAUCCACACGACGCAACGGUCCAGUCAAAGCAGAGAGGGGCCCGAUACACUCUCCCCACUUCUAUCGUUUCGCUGUGUGCUCCACGGCCAGACAUCCUGGACCCCGGUACGCCUGCGGUGGCUUCCACCUAACUGGUGAAGCCAGGUGAGCCAGGCCAAGGAGUUAUCUCGAAUCCACCUUAGAAGAGAUAGGGCCCAGCCACGGAGCUGGGUUCCAGGCAACAAUGACGCCCAGUUGAACUCGACGAGUCGCCACUCUUCGUGCUCCUGCGAACGCCGCCUCGUGUCACUUUGCAUUCAUCAGAAAAAGCUUCGAAGCUUACCGAACAGGUGGCAAGAAAAGUCUACCAAUGAAAUCAAUCGAACGUUCUUGAUCCUCUUCUUCCGUAUCGGUUACCCUCGCUGAUCGGUAGCCAUCUAAAAAGGAUGUUUCUCGAAAUUUCCUCAAGUAAAACUAUCCUAUUCGCGCGCGUACAAGUUUCCUGGUGAUACCGAACAGAAAGUUCUUCGAAUCGGUUUCGCGUCGCCUGGGUAAACGAUUUCCCAUCGAGCGUGAUGUGAUCUGUCAAGGGUUUUCUUCUUCUUCUUCUUUUUUUUUUUUUUUUUCUUAUUUACGACUCAGCAGUUUUCCUGCUUGUGACGAGGAGAAAAAGGUGAAGGAGGAAGAAGAUGUGCGAGUGCGGUGACGAGUGUGCCGAGGACACGAUGAGCUGGCACCACCGUGAGAUGUCCAGGUGAUUUGUUCAGUGAAUCCUCGAGAGUUUCGAUCGUUCCGUGAUCGGCGGUGUUUUGUAAAUCGUGUAGUAGGAGAGUGGUGCCAAGGUGAAAAGGUGCCACCCUGAUAAGCCGAGGAAAAUUCUGGCCGAUAACGAGCCUCGACCGCCUGAGAUGGCCACCCUGGGCCUCUCCAAGGUCUUCAUACUGGACAAGUACUUCACGGAGCUGCAGAAGUUCUGGGAGACUGAGAAGAAGCUGCAAGAUGCCUCGUCGUCGAACGAAGCGGUGCACCUACAGCAGCGUCUGAGGAGCCUGAGCACGGAACUGGUGACCCUGAGGAACCGGCUGCACGUGAACCAGCCGCCAAACAAUUCAGGGCCGAACGUAGUCGCGUCCGCGCCCCUAUCGAAGAGCCCGGAAAAAGGUGUCGUACCAUCGUCUCCUGCACCCGCUGUACCACCAAGGACAACGUUACCGCUGGCUGGCACGUUACCCCAUGGCCUCGGUCAUCCUUCGGGACACACGUUGACGGCGUCCGCGAUCGUUCAUCCUCACGUCAAUCACGCCGGCGCGAACACGCUUGGCCACAACUCGACCGCAGCUAAUAAUUUAAUAUCCGAUCUAGAUUCUCCAAAGCGUCAUAAUGGAAUACCGGAUGACGGUAUAGUAUCCUGCGUGACAGCACUCGGAUGCCUGCGUUCGCCACCCAUUUCCAGCAUCAUCGCCGAUGUGAAGAACGCGAAGAGCAAUCAGGGUCAGCAUCGAUGUCUUACAAAAGGCAGCACCGGUACGUCAGGCCCUCCAACCGCCACGACCUUGGACGACCUAAUUCAUUUACCUGGACCACUAACGGAAGAUGCUGUGCUCAAGUGUCUGCAGGCUCGAUUUUGCGCGAAACAAUACCACACGAACGUGGGCCCGAUACUGGUCUGUAUCAAUCCUUAUACGGACGUCGGCAAUCCAUUGACCUUAACGAGCACCAGGGCCGUACCAUUGGCGCCCCAGUUGAACAAAGUCGUUCAGGAAACCGUGCGACAGCAAUCGGAAACCGGGUAUCCGCAAGCGAUAAUCCUAUCCGGAACCAGUGGUUCGGGAAAAACUUACGCGUCCAUGCUGUUACUCAGGCAAUUGUUCGACGUAGCUGGAGGUGGUCCAGAAACGGACGCGUUUAAACACUUGGCUGCAGCUUUCACGGUUCUCAGGUCUCUUGGAUCCGCUAAGACUGCCACCAACUCGGAGAGUUCUAGGAUAGGCCACUUUAUCGAGGUUCAGGUUACGGACGGCGCUUUGUACAGAACGAAGAUACACUGUUAUUUCUUGGACCAAACGCGAGUCAUCAGGCCCCUGCCGGACGAGAAGAACUAUCAUAUAUUUUAUCAGAUGUUGGCAGGAUUGUCUCACGAGGAAAGAGUCAAGCUUAAUUUGGAGAGUUACAACCUGAAGAACCUGAGGUACCUGCAGCACGGAGACACCAGGCAAGACGAGGCCGAGGAUGCUGUCAGGUUUCAAGCUUGGAAGGCUUGUCUCGGGGUGUUAGGUAUACCGUUCCUGGAUGUAGUUCGAGUUUUGGCCGCUGUUCUGAUCCUCGGGAACGUUGGUUUCGCGGACAGACCCGGCGUAGAAGUAGGCGUGAUCGGGGAAAGCGAAUUAGCCUCGGUAGCAGCGUUGCUGGGAGUACCACCGCCUGCCUUGUUGCGAGGACUCACCUCCAGGACUCACAAUGCUCGUGGCCAACUGGUGAAGUCAGUUUGCGAUGCGAAUAUGUCUAACAUGACCAGGGAUUCACUGGCGAAAGCGCUCUACUGUCGCACCGUGGCUACUAUUGUGAGGAGAGCGAACAGCCUGAAGAGAUUAGGCUCCACUCUUGGCACGCUGUCCUCGGACUCGAACGAGUCCGUUCACAAUCAGGCCGAGGUGACCAGUCAGCAUGCUUCUACCAUUGGUAGCUCUGCAGGUGGCACCGGUUCCAGGAGCAUGACCGCGUUGAACAACGCGGUCAGACACGCGACAGACGGGUUCAUCGGGAUCCUGGACAUGUUCGGGUUCGAGGAUCCGAAACCAAGCCAGCUGGAACACCUGUGUAUCAAUCUGUGCGCGGAGACGAUGCAACACUUCUACAACACCCACAUAUUCAAGAGCUCGAUCGAGAGUUGCCGCGACGAGGGUAUACGAUGCGACGUGGAGGUCGACUACGUCGACAACGUGCCGUGUAUCGAUCUGAUAUCCUCCUUGCGUACAGGGUUGUUGAGCAUGCUGGACGUCGAGUGUUCGAUACGAGGCACCGCUGAAAGCUACGUAGCAAAGGUGAAAGUGCAACACAAACAAAAUCCACGACUGUUCGAACCUAGAACCGUCGAUGGCAGAUCCUUCGGGAUUCAGCAUUUCGCUGGAAGAGUGACUUACGACGCGUCCGAUUUCCUUGAUACCAACAAAGACGUGGUACCUGACGACUUGGUAGCUGUAUUUUACAAACACACCUGCAGUUUUGGUUUCGCCACUCAUCUGUUUGGCAGUGAAUUGAAAGCAUUGUACGCGAGUGACACAGUACCAAGGGGUGUCAGCUUUAGGAUAUCACCAACUUCUCACACAGAUCUUCUGAACGGCGACGAGCCUAUCUCCACGUUAACACAGGACUUUCAUACGAGGUUGGAUAAUCUGCUGAGAACUCUGGUCCACGCGCGACCCCAUUUCGUCAGGUGCAUUAGGAGCAACGGCACCGAGACACCCAUCCAUCUAGACAGGGCCGUGACUAUGCGUCAGAUACGAUCACUUCAAGUUCUGGAGACAGUGAAUCUAAUGGCUGGCGGAUAUCCACACAGAAUGCGUUUCAAAGCGUUCAACGCAAGGUACAGGCUAAUCGCGCCGUUCAAGCAGCUUCGCCGUGCGGAGGAGCAAGCCGUAGAGGAUACGAAGCUUAUCCUGCAAAACGCUCAACAAUUGAAGAGCAAAUUCGGCGCGAGUACCAGCUGGGCUCUCGGUAAAAGGCACAUCUUCUUGAGCGAGGGCAUUAGGCAACAGCUUGAGAAUCUGCGCUCGGAAACGCGCAGGAAAGCCGCCACCGUGAUACAAGCUACGUGGAGAGGCUGGCGAGUGCGUAGAAGAUGGCCUUUGAGGAAGACCACAAUAGGCGUGACUUCCGGGAUCGGUCAGAAGAAGCCGCAACAGCCCACGUCGGCCAACACUGGAACCGUUCAAAGGAACGUUACGACUGGUACGGCAACCGGAACCGGAACCCGACCCAGGCCACAGCCAAUCGCUGGUACACCACCGCCCGAUCCUUCGGAGAAGUGCGCCGAUCAGAAGAUGAUCCAACAAACGUGCACCCUCUUUGGACUCGAUUUGGAACGACCACCACCUGUUCCACCAAGUAGAUCCUACACCGUUACAGGAAAUACGAAAUUGGGUUACCCUCAGACAAGAAUCAUGAAGAUGCCUUUCCCAGAAGAGGGUGAGGGUGAGGUUGUUCUGCUUAAGGGUGAAACGGUAUUGGUCGUAGGCGCGUCUCCUAGACGGGGUCACCUCUUGGUGGAGCACAACAACGCAACCCUACACGUGCCUUAUCAGUUCAUGGAACUGAAACCUUGUAAUAUUAACGUCUGAACGCGUUAUUUAUUUAAUACCAUCUCGUUGUUCGAUCGACGCCAUCGUGUAACCGAAUCGUUUCAAUUUUCAAGCGAACCAUCGAAAGAACAAACGAAAUUCUUACGAAGGGAUUCAGAUUUCACCGAGACAGUGGUUACGAAUGAAAGAAGAAGCCUGAUUCGCUUCAGGACGGACGAAGGUUCUCUUUGAAAAAUCACAGUGGCGUAAUGACCAUCGCACACGUCGGUUCUAAUUUAAAAGAAGUAGAAUCGGAUUCUUCCCCUUUGUUACUUUUCUUCAACGUCCAACAGUAAUCCACCAUUAUGCCGACAUUCUAUCUCCUUUAACGUAUCCUUUCCACUUCUUUGUGGUAUUCUUUGUGAAUCAUUCUCCAUACAUAAAGUAAAACGUUCCCCGUCUCUGUGAUUAUUUUCCAUCGAGGAGAAAUAUUAUUAUUCUAUAAAUUUCCAUCGGAAAUGUUAUCUUUUUCUUUUUAUAUCUUCCAUCAGUGGCGUCGUUUCGACAACGAAAAAUGGUAAAAUAGCGGGCACGAACAGGAUUAAGUAGCUUAACUCGUUCAGCUCUUCCGGCAGGACAUUAAACUUUGUCCUUUAAUUAAUUACACCGGCCGUUAAGCGAGUUUAACGCGGAAGUCAGUACACAGGUGCUUAUCACAGCCUCACCGUCGACGUUCUCCUUCUUGCGCGGCACCACCUCCCUGCGAGUCACGUUCGUCUUCCAUGUAGAUAAGUACACGCACGUCGACGUGCAUCCUCGAAUUAGUAAGCAUGUUAGCCGUUAAAUAGCUUCGAGACUGGUGCUGACUCUCGGGAGAACGUACAAGCAACCUUGUAUGCAUAGAUUUUACUCCGUCGUUGAACAACGAUGUCUCGUCGGCCCCCUGCUGAACCCAUUAAUUCCCAAAGCUUCGAGUACAUUGUUAUCAAGGCGUAAACAAAAGUGAAUGCAAAUAGGUAAUAAGGUAAGAAUAAGUAUUUACUUGUAAUACUAAGAGUAUUAAUGCGACUGUAAAUAAUUACUGAAAAUUUGUGGUCAGAAAAGGCAAACUUUGGGUAUUAAUCAGUUGUUCAACCCUUAAUUUCUUUUUAUUUUCUUUUUCUAACUUACCGUGCAAAAUACGUAUUUUUAUUAUAAAUUUCUAAUGGUGUUUAACUGGAAAUACAGAGGACCUAUAGCAAUAUAGGUUUAUUCAAAUUAUUUAUAGUACCAAGUGUAGGUAUUUUGGACGGUAAAUUACCAUGGAUGGAAAGGAGGGUUUAGCAACGUAGACAGCUGACGGGGGCCAAUUUCAAGGGUGACUUUGCUGUGUCUAAGAAGAAAAUUGUAGAAAGUAAGAUCGAGAGGGUCCUCUUUGAAAGAGUCCUCUUGGGAACCAUUUGAAGAAGCGUACCCAUGACGGGGAAAGGCUCGAAGAAGCCGAGGGUUAGAGGAUAUUUACCAACAGUAUUCCUUCGUCUAUCUUUGAAUUCUUAGUGCCAAUUUCUAGAGAGAAAUCUGCCGCUACGAUACCGUGGAAAAUCUUCGAAUGUCCCCUUCAAUUUUCUCCAACUUUCAUUCAACAAACUUAUAAUCAACUUUUUGUGAAUCAUUCUCCAUCCAACGCAUUUAAUUACAAAAAUUCGUAAUGAAACAACUAAUUAUCUAUUUUAAUUAUUACUUUGAUUAUUGAAGAGAACAUUCGAUCAUCUUGCACGGUGUAUUUGUACAUGUAUAAUAUUCGAUUAAGCUUCUCUAUGUAAGACAACUCGACGAUAAGUAUAAAGGAUAGGUCUACUCGAUAUUAUUCUAUCAUUAUCGCGAAUAAUCAUAACGCCACAGUUCUAACAUUGAAUCGGGAAAGGUAGAGAUACGAGCGCUUUGUAGAUACAACGAAAACUCGUUCAGUUAGAAACGAUAAGCGUCCAUUGAGAGAACCAGUUCGCCCUAGAAACUCUCUCGAGUAACAUCUCGAGGGUCUGUACAUACCAGUAUGUAUGACGAUGUUACGUAGUUUACAGAUACCGAAGCCUAAAGUACGAGUAUAGGUAGCUGUAAGUGCGUCGAGAUAUUUUUUAAUAAAAUGUGUAAGCGUAUUUGAAACUACAGCUCUGUGAUUUGUCUAAUUUUAGAGCACUGAA